GCUCGGAGUUGGUAAUUAGGAACUGUAUGACAGAAGCCAACCCGCAGUAUUUAAGCUGCCUCUUUACGUUUUGAGUGCUUCUAGUCCAUUUCAGGAGAGUUAAUCCAUUUGAUUAUUGACCCAGUUAAUAGUUGGACUCAUGGCUACUGGCUUUGCCUUGAAAUGGAUUACAGACAGUCCUACAAUCCAAGAAUGACAGAUCUCAGAAGCUACCAGGAACACUUCUGGUUGUUUCAGAGCAAGUAAACCUGUUAACAGACUUUGAGAAAUUUCCAGUCUGUUUCGGGAUGUUGAUGAACAUAUGAAUAUAAAUCUUCCCUUUAAUUUGUCUGUUCGUCUUUGCCUGGAAACAAUUGCAAUUGGUUACAGCUACUAAUUGUAUAAGUUGCAGUUCUCCAGCUGUUCCUUCUGUCUCUGUUGCUAUUUAAUUCAUUACCUGGGAAAUUCUCUUCAAGUGGUGUCCAGGACUAGGAUUCUGGUCUACUGUCUUUAUAUGCACAAGUUACAACGUCUCUGUCUUAUAAGAGUACAGUAGCUGAGGAAAGGGAUGGCUACUGUGAUGAUGUUUACUGUUUUAGCACAUACUAACACGAUUCAUAAUUAGGUUGUGCGUAUGUAUUUUGCUCAAGGCAGAAUAGCCUUUGUAGUCAAGGUGUUGGUACUGUAAUGAACGCAGCCUAGAUCUAGAGUGAACGGCUUCAUUUAAAAACUGACAAAAAGAACAGAACUGUAAACUACAUCUCUACCUUAAAUAAGCAAUGCGUAUGGCAUCCUCAUGAAUUGAAGUCUGCAAGGUAAAAAGAAGAGAAUAUUCUACAGGCUGUCUCUUGUUCUUUAAAACUGUGUUUCAGUUUAGCUAGUGCCAUUUAGAACACAGUUGCUCUAAACUGGGAGCAGAUAUGAAAACUUAAGCAGGAAGCUUCCCUGCCGCUGCUGCAGAGCUCUGACUUUUACCCAGAGUAAACCCAUGUGCUCUACAAAAGCAAGAACGAGGACUAGCUGAUUAAUCAACAGGCAGGAUCCUGCUCUAGGAAGAUCAGGUUGCAACCCUGCCUUUGUAGCUUUACACCACACCCCCACGUAUUAUCUUAAAUGUGACUUAGUAGGGGAGGACCACAUUCAGCACGGAUUCAGGAAUCCUCUGUGUGUAUAACAACUGUUUCUAGGAGUUUGGAAAGAUGAAAGGAAGAAAGAGGGGAUGUUUCUUACCUUUAACCUUUUUCAUGCUGUUUGUCUGUAUCGCUGGACAUGUGACUGAUGACUCAGAUGAUGGCGAAGAAGAGGAUGUUCUUGGUGCUUCUUUGCCACCGCUGAAACUGGGACAUUCAAUCUGUGCCCUGAAAGCAGAUGAAGGUCCGUGCAAAGCUAUCCACAUGCGCUAUUAUUUCAACAUUCAAAGCCGUGAGUGUGAAAUAUUUGAAUAUGGAGGAUGCCAUGGCAAUGAAAACAACUUUCUAACACUGGAAGAAUGUCAGAACAAGUGUGUGGUAACAGAAUUCUCUCUGAAGAUGAUGCUAGCAAAAAUGAAGCAAGAAAAGCCCGACUUCUGUUUUCAUGAGAAAGACCCUGGAACCUGCAGAGGCUUCUUUUCCAGAUAUUUCUAUAACAAAGAGUCAAAACUAUGUGAAAUAUUCAAGUAUGGUGGGUGCCUAGGAAACCAGAACAACUUUAAGAGUUUGGAAGAAUGCCAGACUACCUGCCAAGGCGACUCAAACUUAUUGCCAGAUGCUCCAACUGAAGAUCAUCCUAACACUAUGAAUAGUAGCUCCCCAGAGGAAGAGCACAACCAGUUUCCCAGGAUAUUUGUAAAUUUGUUGCCAACUGCUCCAAAUGAGAAGUCUAAUAUUAUGAACAGUAGUUACCCGGAGGAAGAGCACAAGCAGUUUCCUAGGUUUUUCGUUAUGCAAGAGGAAACAAGAAACAGUUGGGAAAAGCCUGAGCAUUCUUACCAAGUAUUUCUAUUUGUCUUAUUUUUGCAUUUACACUUAUUUGUACUUUUGGGGAUUAUGUGAUAGUUUACAGAUUCAUCAAUGCUUUUGUGUUUUAUAUGGUCUGUAGGAUAAUGGGCAUGUAGUAUAACAUUCCUGUGCUCUUUGCUUAGAAUUGUGUCUAAUAAAGCUUGAUUGUAUGUUGUAUUCUAUUUAUUUUGCUUGUACUGUGAUCACAUGUACUGUUGGCUUGAGGUAAAUUUCUGAGAUAGCUGGAUUGUUUACCACAUAUAAAACAUUAAAACGACUGAAUAAAAAACAGUAAGCCUCUUGGUAGCUUAUUUUACUGAAAAAUAUUUGCAUGACAAAAAGCCUGGUCGUAAAUCUAGGGACAUGAGUGCACAUGUUCCCUGAAGGUUUCUACUCACAGUGUGAUCUCCCAGAUUCCCAAAACAACUAGCCUAUGCAAGCAAAGAGACGUUAUUCCAUGUGUUUUCUUAGAGGAAACUCAAAAAAAAAAAAAAUGAAGGGUCCUUGGUUGUAUCAGCAAUAGUGAAUUUUGUGGUAGAGCAGAUUUCAGGAAAGAGAUGAGGGUAAGAGGAAGGACAGAAGACUGGAAGGUUGGUGGUAAAAAGGCUGAAGUAACAAGGGUAGGUAGAUUCAGUGUAACGGGAUGGGUCAGGUAAGAAACAUGACCUUGGAAGGACUGAUGAGUUUCAGUGGAAAGUCUGAAGACCUCACAGUUCUUUCUCUGCAAUAUAACCUUUGUCUGUCUUACGCUAGCCUGCCUCAUGCAGAUGCCUGCUGCGAUUCCGUUUAUCUGCCCAUACCUUUCAGGCUGCUAGGAUGGGCUAAAAUCGUGUGUUUUUUGCAAUCCCACUUCAUGGCAAUGAAAAUGGUAGGACCAAAACAGACCACUAUUUUCUCCACAGGGCAUAGCUUCCACUCCUGCUGUUACUAGAGGCAGGAGUAUUAACUGAAGUUACAAGGUAGAGUUAUUUCACACAAAUGUGCAAAGUGACUCCCAUCACCCCCUGGGAGGGAGGAAAAUCUAGUUACGCACAUGCAAUAUCAGAAUGGACUGCUUGGGAUGGAGUGGCUGAUUCUUAUCUUCUCAAGCACAGGUGAAAUAGCUCAUCUGCUACUGUAACGUGUUUUGUAUAUUGGCCUGGCUAUGUAGCUUCUUUUCUUUCUUUUUUCUUUUUUUUUUUUU